UCUCCUCCACUUGGCUGCUCCUGCUUGCACCUGUUCUGUAGUAAGUGACAGUUUCUCGUCUUGCGGUUUCUGACAGUUGUCUUUGAAGGACGCACAAGGCGAGGAGGAUGCCGCGAGGAUUUCUGGUGAAAAGGAGUAAACGGGGCUCUCCAGCAUCUUACAGAGCGCGACAAGAGGCCAGCGAGGAACCCAAAGCGCAUCUCCCGGUGCCGACCCCAGAUGGAGAGACAACCGUCUUGGUUACGCACUCAAGUGAGCCGCAAACUGAUCUCCAAGAAACAUGGACAAGCGUUCCGACAGAAACCGAGGAAGCCCAACUGCCCGAAAGUCCAAGAAAUGUAGGACUUCUGAUGCACAUCACAGACCUGUCACCGCAAAACAGAAGUGAUGCGGAGCCCAGCGGGUCGCCCGGUCGGGCUGAUGCUGCUUACAGUCCGGUUAAACCCGUCAGCACGGAGCUCAAGGAGUCGUUUUUUGACAGAUGCCUGAGCUCACCGGCCACAGCGGAGUCGUUCCCUUUGAGUACACCUGUGUCAUCCAUCGAACGGCUGCUCAUGACCCACGGGGAGAUGAAAUUCGACUCACCAGUUCAGCUGUACUCCUCAUUCCAUCAGAGUCUAAAACGCACCAGUGCUGACACCGAGCGCAAAAGCAAGCCACCGGCAAAGAAGCCCAAAGUUAUGAGGAAGCUCAACUUCGAGGACGAGGUGACAACCUCGCCGGUGCUAGGACUAAAAAUUAAGAAAGAGGGUCCAGAAUGUAAACCCACAUCAUCCUCCGCUGGAAGAAAGAAACCGUUAGGCGAGUUCAUCUGUCAACUCUGCAAAGAGGAGUAUCCAGACCCGUUCUCACUCGCACAGCACAAAUGUUCAAGGAUCGUGCGCAUCGAGUACCGCUGCCCAGAGUGCGACAAAGUUUUCAGCUGUCCCGCCAACUUGGCCUCGCAUCGUAGGUGGCACAAGCCUCGCAUCGUGAACAGUGGCGAGUCUCAAGGCGGCAAAAAGUCAUCUAUGGAGGGUCGGGUACUGGAAAAACUCUCUGCGGAAGGAAAAGAAAACGCCAGCAAGCAGCGGGUGAACAAUCAGCACCACAUCUCGUUGGAUAGCUCUCAGUGCCACCGACCAACUGACAGCGCGCACGGGCAAGAUAUGCGCAUAGCAGUGCCGGAGAGUCCACCAUCGCUGCAACCGCAAUACAUGUCACCUGAGAAAUGCUUCGACCUGCACAUAAGAACCAGCGAGAGUGACAGCUUGUUGCACUGCGCUGAUCCAGCGAACCCCACGGCUGCUUCGUGCCUGCCGUCCCCCGGUUGCGGAGAGGAGGUGUACGAGUGUUGCUACUGCGGCAAGAAGUUCCGAAGACAAGCAUACCUCAGGAAGCACCUGGCGGCUCACGAGACAAUCAAGCCGUCACCGUACAGCCAAUUCCUGAAUGAACAGAUCACUUUCCCUUGUCACCUGUGCGGGGCUCAUUUCCCCUCUUUGGAGAUCCGGGACAAACACAGACUGUGGCACGCCGUGAGGGAGGACCUGUUCAUGAACCCCGUAAAGAGCGCGAGUGCGCUGGUUAGACCGGACCUCACGCACGGCGAGCAGCAGAUCUUCUCGUGUAAACACUGUCCGUCCACGUUUUUCAGCUCCCCCGGACUGACGAGGCAUAUCAACAAGUCUCACCCUACAGAGAGUAGACAGGUCAUGCUCCUGCAAAUGGCUGUGAGGCCCGGCUGCUAAGCAGAAGCAGAGAAGGAGAGGGUGACAUCCAAAUCUACAAAAGACAAUUCAUGGACACGGAAAAAAUCAAUUUAAGUCAAUCAUGCAACAUUGUAAAUUGAACGUUUUAUAUCACAGUAACAUAAUGACGAGCGUUACGGCUUUGUUUUACUCGACUCUUGUUCAUGACAUUAUGAUUUUGUACCGGUACCAUAAUCAUCCGUCAAGUAAUCAUGUCAAAUGUAGUGUAUACUGGACACUUUACUCUGAAAACAAGUUUCUGUGCAAAUAUCCUUAAGAGGUUUGGAAAAGUAAACCCCAAGAGGUAGGCUAAUAUAAUCAAGAAACUGUUCACAACCCAAUUAAGUUUGUUACACGUAAUAAUUACAAGAAGACUAUUCUCCACUUAAACGUAGUUCCUAUGGAAAUUCAAUUUGUUGUUAGCCUAGUUGUUAUUUCUAAAUAAUCUAUAAAGACGUAUUUUCAUAUGCAUUAUUGUGAAUGUGCAAAGCGGUGAUAGUGACAAAAAUGUACCAUCAUCCAUAUGAUUAUUAGCCAAGAAAUGCCUAUAAAUUAUCUUGGUCUCAAUGUAACAAACGUAUACUUGCUAUAUAUUUAUAUUUUCAUAUGUACAAGAAAUGAUUGCAUUGCCAACUAUUGUGAUAAACUGCAACAUACAGUCAAUAAAACGUGGGACGCACAACAUAUAAAGUGAUCCUCAUCGACAUUGAACUAUUUCACUUCAAGUAAUCACCGUGGGAAUGUUUGAAAAUUAACCUGUAAAUAAAUUACACUGUGUCGUGCAUAAA